AUGACAGGUGACAGACCAAAAUGGAAAGCACUUUUGUUAAAAGAAAAUGAAAGGUGCCAGUCUAGAGGAACUAAGCUCCCAUCAGAGACCUAUUUCAACGAAGACAUUCAGGCGCAGUGCUUGGAAUUGCAGUCGUCCGAGACCUUAGUCUUACUGCUCUUUCAAAUUGCAGAUGCAAAUGCCUUCACGUUCCUACAAGAGGCCAUAUUUGCAUCCAAGACAACGGAGAUUGACAAGCCACGAAAAGUCUCGAUGGAAAUGUCGACUGGGGAUCGCUUUAACAUCAUGGACAAAUUGGACGGAGAUAUUACCUUUAACGCUCUUUUGAAGCGCUAUCAUCUUAUGGAGCUUUUCAGGAAUUCUGGAGGCCGCGAGAGCGGAGGAAGUAUGGUGAUCAUUCCUGUCUAUGCAGACAGUAGUUUUCAAAGGCCCGGGAGAAAGGGAAACCCUAUUAGCAAUGCUUGCGCGGAUGUAACUCAAAGAAUGAUGACCGAGACAUUUCCUUCCCUAAGACCUGGCACAAGGGAAUACGAUUCCAAAAAAGUGAUAAUGAAACGAUACCGAGUGUUGGCAAGCCGUUUUCAGGUCUUUGUGGACAAGUUUGGCCUCGCGAUACUUUGCUUCAUUCAACCUUUCCAGGGAACAAGGGGACCCAGCUGGGGAAUAUCGGAUAACAAGAUCCGCGAAAUUAACGACACCAACCUGAAGGCUUUUAUUGACAUUCUGGAUCAGUCUCAGGGUGAUUAUUUACGCUCAGUUUGCAAGGCCGCCGAGCCGUUGUUGAGCUCCUUGAUCUAUACAAGCUCAUCCAAGGCAGCCGAAUUUCCUCUGGAGCGCAUUGAGACGGCGGACAUUCUCCAAUUGCCGAAGGGCUCUGAUGAUUUAUUGUUUCUACUACGAGAUGUUUCAAGAGAUGGCUCCACAUUUUGA